AUGCCCGGCCCCGUCCACACCUACGGCCCAACAUGCCAUCGAUCCACGCCGAAACAGGACCUCGUCGCGCUGCAGUCCUCGCCCACGCCUCCUGAAGUCAAUGCUCAGUUUUUCUACAUCUCUUCUCUCCCCAUCGACGACCCAUUGACUCCCCUUCCAGCUGCCACGACAUCGGCAACGGCAAGAACGACGUCUACGCCGCAGCCUUUCUCGGCUCGAGACUCCAUUGCUUUGGAACAAGCAUGGAGAGCGCUUUCGGAAGCUUUCCCCUCGAAACCCGAUCACAGAAAGUAUAAAUCGACAAAUGCUGCCUCAUUUCAUCGACAUAGUCGCUCACUGGGCGAUCCAGCGGUUUCGGCUUCGGGGCCAAGCUCAGGACCAAGUGUCCGUGCUGGGAUUUUCAUGAAAACAACUAGUGAUAGUAGCUUUGGACCGUCGACCUGGCCUAGGAAGAGGGAUAGUUCUCCGCUGCGGUCACAUAUAAAUUCGGCCAAGCGGAAGAGUACGUCGUCUUCUAGCUCGGAAGAGCAAGAUACCCAUAAUGCUGAAGAUAUCGAUUUCGGCGAAAGUGAUGGUAAUCUAAAAACUUCUGGAUUGAGCGAAACAGUUGGCAAGGAUACAGAGUCGUCGCAAGAAGAAGCGGAGGAUAGCUCUGCAAAAUACAAGAUUCCCGUCGGUGUUUCGCGCCUGCAUUUAGUAGAGCUGCCAGGAUUCAAGAUGAAACCGAUUUACUGGAGUCCGCUUCAUGACAUAUCAGACGUCCUCCGUGCCACGUGGUUCUACAAAAACACAAUGCUUCCGAUUGAGCCUCAUCUUGCCAACGAGCUUGAGAAGGGCUAUCAGUACAUGCGUGCUUGGACAGACACAUGGCAAGAUGAACUCAACAGUUGUGUCGAACACGGAGCAGAUGCCGAAAUGAAGGUCGUAUACAAGUUGUGGCAGAGCGAGUCCAUGACUCGGAGCAGACCUGGUACAGAACAAGGGGGAAAACCAUCCAUAGAUGCCUCCAAUGAAAGCACAGCGGACAAUUCCGAGGAAAUCACAUUCUCACAGAAUCUGGCAGCGAGUGGUUCUGCGCAAAGAACAGAGCCGAAUUCCUACAAGAAUGCUAGUGUAAUCUACGUGGACGGGAAAGACGCCCAAAUACUUCGUCCCAGCCUGCUUCCUUCUGUUUCGAGGAACCGUCGGCCACUUAGUUCUAUCCGCAAAGGACGUCAAAUUGGUAUACCCAUAGUUCGUGGGUUUGACAGGAAGCUAUGGGAUCAACUUCAUCCAUCGAAGCAGACAAAUAUUGAUUUGCGACACUAUUUUAUGCAGCCUCAACCCAGACAUCUCAGAGGCGAACAAGUAUGCUAUGCGUGUGACAUUGAGGGAAGCCGUCCUAAUCCGUCCGACUUGGUUCUCGUUAUUCACGGAAUCGGGCAGAAGCUCUCUGAGAGAGUGGAAAGCUACCAUUUCACCCAUGCCAUCAACGCAUUUCGGAGAUCUGUGAACAUGGAAUUAAAUAAUGAAGAGAUUUGGCCGUACAUACGACCUGAUCAUGGAGGUAUCAUGGUACUGCCUGUCAACUGGCGAUCGACACUAGCACUUGCAGAUGCCGAAAUAGAGUCCUUGAACAAUAACGAUCCUACCGCAAAUCGCUAUACAUUGGAAGACCUCACACCUAACACAAUUCCUGCAAUUCGCACACUUGUCAGCGAUGUCAUGUUAGACAUACCGUACUAUCUUUCCCACCACAAAGAUAAAAUGAUUCGAGCUGUUGCAAGGGAGGCCAACCGAGUGUACCGGCUGUGGUGUAUGAAUAAUCCCGGAUUUCACGAACAUGGAAGAGUGCAUCUACUUGCUCAUUCUCUGGGAAGCGUUAUGGCACUGGAUAUUCUGAGUAAUCAGCCAACCAACCUUCCUAAUUUUGACAUGCAAGCUGCCGAAUUACACGAUGACAUGUUUGAGUUUGACUCAAAGAAUGUUUUUCUCUGCGGGAGCCCGAUUCCACCAAAGGCUUAUAUUGGAAUAGCGAACCUGCUCCCGCGACGAGGUAGAAAUAAACCAGGUAGGGAGGGCGAAGAUAUGCAGCGAGGUGUUGCGGGAGAAGCCAAAAAAUAUGGCUGUGUGGCACUUGACAAUCUUUAUAACAUCAUGCACACCACUGACCCCAUCGCCUAUAAAGUGAACGCAGCAGUGGAUAGCGACUUAGCCGAGUCUCUCAAGCCAGCCCUCGUUCCCAGUUCAUCAUCCUCUCUCUUUUCUUCUCUAGGCAGCAUAUUCAGCUGGAGUUCCGCCAACAAACCCCUGACUAGCUCCGGUCUAUCAAGCACGAUGAUUCCCUCCCGACCAUCUGCCGUCACCAAGCUCCCAUCGAACGUCGAACUGGAGACGCACGAUUUCACUCGCGAAGAAAUCGCAGAGAAACGUAUGUUACUCCUGAACGACAAUGGCCAGAUUGAUUACUACAUCUCUGGCGGCGGCGGUCCCCUGAAUAUCGAAUAUCUGAACAUGUUGAGCGCUCAUAGUAGUUACUGGAUUUUACCGGAUUUCGUAAGAUUCCUUGUCGUUGAAAUUGCGCGGCGACAGGAUAAGGAUGGUACGUUGUUGGCCUUACGUGCUGAGAAGAAGAAAGGCUGGAAGGCGUAA